AUGAAUGGAAGCACGAAAGGCGGCCUUCGAAGCGAGAGCGUGCGUUUCCCGGCCAGAAGCCGUCUUUCGUCGCGAGCCGCUAAUGUACGCGUGGAUCUGCCUUCCACUUCUAAUGCUACCGAACUAUCGAAUUGCAAUCCUACCGCCACCACGCGCCUGUCCCACUUCCACUCUCCAGCAGGAACGACAACAACCUCGAGUGAGUUCCGUACCACCAUUGAAUUCCUUUUCCCUGUUGGAUUCUUCACAUGUGAAAAAGUGCAAGCACCCUAUCAGGUGCUUCAUAGUGUAGGGCUCGGCUGA